AUGGAUCCCGUUCCUGGGGCCGCCCAGGACAGUCCAGUCUGUGAAACACCCAUAAAGUCAGAAGAUCCGAGCAAUGAGGUUCCGGAGGUCACCGAGUCAUCAGAUUCAGCCAAGAGCCAAUCACAUCUGAGGAAGCAGACGGCCAUUGAAGGUCAGAAAUCUUCCGGCUGCCUCCGAGGGGCAGAUUGGAGUCAGUCUUCUCCUCAGCUGAUCCAUCAGGAGGGGAACCCAUUCACAUGCUCCAUGUGUGAGAGAAGCUUCACUUGCAGCCUUCAGAAACACAUAGGACUUCACACAGGGGAGAAACCUCACAUGUGGGAAAACGUUUACUCAAGCAAUCUUCAUUCUCACCAGAAAGUCCACAUCGGGGAGAAACCGUUCACUUGCACAGAAUGCGGGAAAAGCUUCUCUAGGAAUAGUACCCUGCGGGCGCACCUGAGGAGCCACAUGGGGGAGAAAUCCUUCCACUGCACCGAAUGCGGGAGAAGUUUCUCUAGAAAAUGCACCCUGGAGAUUCACCAGAAAAUUCACAUGGGGGGGGCAAAAUAUUCACUUGCACAGAGUGUGGGGAAAAGUUCACUUGCAAAGACACAAUCCUAA